CAUUGAACAAUGAAGAAUAUUUGAACAACAUAUAUCAACAAUCUACCAAACAUUCCGCUCUCCUUUGUCUCCCCUAACACCUCGCAAUCCCCGAACAUACAAAGAAUAUCAAUAUGUCUUCUUCCAACCUCUCCUUCGUGACGCUCGACGUCUUCACCACAACCCGCUACACAGGCAAUCCCCUCGCCAUAAUCCGCGUGCCCCAAUCCAUCACCCUCUCCCAGACCCAAAAACAGCGCAUAGCCCGCGAAUUCAAUCUCAGCGAGUCAGUCUUCUUACACGAACAAACCACCCACGACGUUAGCGACGAGUCAGUAAGGAUCGACAUCUUCACAAGCCAGGCCGAAGUCCCCUUCGCAGGCCACCCAACAGUCGGCACGGCAAACUAUCUCCUCCGGCUGUUGCAGAAUGAUCCCCUCAACAAUGUUCCCGCUCUCCAAGCUAAAGCAGGCCGUUUUCCAAUCAGUCUCGUCUCCGCAGGAAGUGCCACGCAAAUCGGGCUCGCGCACGACGUGCACAUUCACAACUCCCCGUUCGCCGACCAGCCUCUUGUCGCGCAGUACCCAGUCGUCAGUAUCGUGCAGGGCAUGACAUUCAUUCUGGCCGAACUACCUGAUCUCAACGCCCUUGCCGACCAAAAGCGCAACCCGCUCGGCGUGGAGAAUGUCUACUCUGCCUACACCAAGCUCGACGAGGGGCCCUGGCGCAAGGGACUUGUCGGUACGUAUUUCUUCGUUGACCUCGGUGUCGACGAGCAUCAAGUAAGGCAGCUGCGCACGCGCAUGUUCGCAACCCGGGAAGACCCUGCGACGGGUAGUGCGGCCAGCGCUCUCACGUCAUACCUGUCACUUCAGCAGGGUAAGCCCGGACGGUACAAGUAUCUACUGACGCAGGGAGUGGAGAUGGGCCAACGAAGCCAGAUCUCGGUUGAAGUCGGUGUCAAGAGCGGAGCUGAUGGACUGGAAAUCGACGAGGUCUUGCUGAGUGGUUCGGCUGUGCUGACUAUGCAGGGGACGCUGGAGAUUCCUGAGGAGAAUUGAUCUUACCAGGACUUUAAGCGUCUAUGCAGCCUGUCCAAGGUAAGUCGGGCUUGGAAUUGAAAUUGAUUGUCUGGAAUUUAUGGUUGAUGAGCGUUCUCAACGGGUUAGCGACAAGAUAUUUGCUGUGCAUGGCGGGCGUUGAAGUGAUUUUAGCGAUCAUGGCAGUUCAACUCUGCCCUUCACGUUAGUCAAUAUAAGUAUAUAUUGAGCCGAACAGAGCUUCUCGAGAAUAGGGCUUGUGGAAGUCCCCAAAAAGCUGAACUUAGUGUUCUAGAAUCGAACAGUACAUCAACGACUCG